CUCGCCUGUGUGCUCAUCACCGCCGCGUCCCGGGGUGAGCGCGUGUAAUGGGAAGCACUACCUCCCUCCUUCGUGCGUAAAUUAUGUAGGGCAGGACGGCAAUGCUUUGCUACCUCCAUUUGAUCAAACCCACCCGGUGAAUACGAGGGAGAAAAGAGACAUCAAAUCAGCUACAACAAAAAGCCAUCCUCGUUUUCGAGACGCAUUUGACAGAGGCGGAGUAGCGCAUCACGACUUGCCUGUUGUGAAGCCAAGGAGAAGAAAAGAUGGACAUCACGGAUCAAGGAGCUCAAAUGGAGCCGCUCUUGCCAACGGAACAAAGUUCCCAAGAAACUAAAGAAGUGAGAACUGAUGAAGAGGCAAUAGUGGACCGCGGGGGCACACGCUCCAUGCUCACCACCAAUUUUGAGAAGGAAGAACUAGAAGGUCACCGCACUCUAUACAUUGGGGUUCACGUUCCUCUAGGCAGGAGGUCGCACCGACGACAUCGUCACCAUGGACACAGACACAGGAAGAGGUCCAAAGAGAGGGAUUCCACAGCUGAGGAUGGAAGAGAAUCCCCAUCACACAACACACCAGCUCAGAGGGUGCAGUUUCUGUUGGGGACUGAGGAUGGCGAUGAGGAACACAUCCCCCACGCCCUGUUCACUGAGCUGGACGAAAUCUGCCUCAGGGAGGGUGAGGAUGCUGAAUGGAAGGAGACAGCAAGGUGGCUUAAGUUUGAGGAAGACGUUGAGGAUGGUGGUGAGCGGUGGAGUAAACCCUAUGUAGCCACUCUGUCUCUACACAGUCUCUUUGAACUUCGCAGCUGCAUCAUGAAUGGCACUGUGAUGCUGGAUAUGAGGGCAAACUCACUAGAAGAGAUUGCAGACAUGGUUCUGGAUCAGUAUGAGGCAUCUGGCCCUGUAGGUGAAGAUGCCAGGAGAAAGAUCCGUGAGGCUCUUCUCAAACAACACCAUCACCAAAACCACAAAAAACUGGCCAACCGCAUCCCUAUUGUACGCUCCUUUGCUGAUAUUGGCAAGAAGCAGUCUGAGCCUCACUCCAUGGACAAGAAUGGGCAAACAGUCUCACCUCAGUCCCAGCCCGCCAACAAUGAGGGCAAACAGGACGUCAGCCGAGAAAACAGCACUGUUGACUUCAGCAAGAUUGACCUCCACUUCAUGAAGAAAAUCCCACCUGGUGCUGAGGCAUCCAAUGUGCUGGUAGGGGAGCUGGAAUUCCUAGAGCGCCCUGUGGUGGCCUUUGUCCGCCUAGCUCCUGCUGUACUGCUUAAUGGCCUGGCUGAAGUUCCCAUCACCACCAGGUUUCUUUUCAUCUUGCUUGGCCCUCUGGGGAAAGGUCCACAGUAUCAUGAAAUUGGCCGGUCUAUUGCUACACUGAUGACUGAUGAGAUUUUCCAUGAUGUUGCUUACAAGGCCAAAGACAGGAAUGACUUGGUGGCAGGCAUUGACGAGUUUCUGGAUCAGGUGACAGUGUUACCCCCAGGAGAGUGGGACCCCUCCAUCAGAAUAGAGCCCCCUAAAAAUGUGCCCUCCCAGGAAAAGCGGAAGAUUCCCCCAGUUCCCAACGGAGUGACAGAUCUUGGAGAGUCUGGGGAGCACGGAGGGCAUGGUGGCCCAGAGCUCCAGCGCACUGGGAAGUUUUGUGGUGGGUUGAUCUUGGAUGUCAAAAGAAAGGCUCCUCACUACCUUUCUGACUACACAGACGCUGUCAGUCUGCAGUGUCUAGCCUCAUUUCUCUUCCUCUACUGCGCCUGCAUGUCCCCUGUGAUCACCUUUGGAGGACUCUUGGGUGAGGCUACAGAGGGGCGUGUGAGUGCUAUUGAAUCCUUAUUCGGGGCUUCCAUGACUGGAAUAGCCUACUCUCUUUUUGCUGGGCAGCCUCUCACCAUCCUGGGCAGCACAGGGCCUGUUCUUGUCUUUGAGAAGAUCCUCUUUAAGUUCUGCAAGGAAUACGGCCUCUCCUACCUCUCCCUGAGGACCUGUAUUGGCCUGUGGACAGCCUUCUUCUGUCUGCUGCUGGUAGCCACGGAUGCCAGCUCGCUUGUCUGUUACAUCACACGCUUCACCGAGGAAGCUUUUGCUGCACUGAUCUGCAUUAUCUUCAUCUAUGAGGCCCUGGAGAAGCUACUUCACCUGGGGGUGCAUUACCCCAUCAACAAGAACAACAACCUUCAGAAACUCACGUUGUACUCAUGUUCUUGUGUGGAACCUAGGGACCCCAGCAAUGAGACUCUGCACUUCUGGGACGAGAGAAACAUCACUGCUUCGCAGGUCAACUGGACCAUGCUGGAGGUCACGGAGUGCGAGAUGUUGCAUGGGGAGUUUGAGGGGAGCGCCUGUGGUCCCCAUGGCCCGUACAUCCCUGACGUCCUGUUCUGGUGCGUGGUCCUGUUCUUCUCCACUGUCUUUAUGUCUGCUUUUCUCAAGGAGUUCAAGACAAGCCGAUACUUUCCAACCAAGGUGCGGGCCAUCAUCAGUGACUUUGCAGUCUUCAUUACCAUCCUCACUAUGGUGUUAGUAGAUUAUGCCCUGGGUAUCCCCUCACCUAAGUUACAGGUUCCCAACAAGUUCAAACCAACCAGGGAUGAUCGUGGCUGGAUUAUCAACCCUGUGGGGCCCAACCCCUGGUGGACCACAAUUAUCACCUCCAUCCCUGCUCUGCUCUGCACCAUUCUCAUCUUUAUGGACCAGCAGAUCACAGCCGUCAUCAUCAACAGGAAGGAACACAAACUAAAGAAAGGCUGUGGCUAUCACCUGGACCUGUUUGUGGUGGGGGUGAUGCUUGGUGUGUGCUCAGUAAUGGGCUUGCCAUGGUUCGUGGCUGCCACUGUGCUCUCCAUCUCCCACGUGAAUAGCCUGAAGCUGGAGUCAGAGUGCUCGGCCCCUGGAGAGCAGCCCAAGUUCUUGGGAAUCCGAGAGCAGCGCUUCACUGGCCUCAUGAUCUUUACUCUGAUGGGUUGUUCCGUCUUCAUGACCUCCGUGCUGAAGUUUAUUCCCAUGCCUGUGUUAUAUGGCGUCUUUCUUUACAUGGGGGCUUCCUCACUCAGAGGUAUUCAGUUCUUUGACCGUCUGAAGCUGUUUGGCAUGCCUGCCAAACAUCAGCCAGACUUCAUCUACCUUCGUCACGUCCCUUUGAGGAAGGUCCACCUUUUUACUAUCAUCCAGCUAAGCUGCUUGGUCCUCCUCUGGGUCAUCAAGACCUCUAAAGCUGCCAUUGUUUUCCCCAUGAUGGUCUUGGCCCUAGUGUUUAUUCGUAAAUUGCUGGACUUCAUUUUCACCAAGAGAGAGCUGAGCUGGCUGGAUGACCUGAUGCCAGAGUGGAAGAAGAAGAAACUAGAAGAUGCUGCACAAGAGGAGGAACACAGCAUUAUUGCAGAGGAGGAAGGCAUUGUACAAGUGCCACUUGAGGGACACUACAAGAGUGACCCAGCCACAGUAAACAUCACUGAUGAGAUGUCCAAAGGGUCCUUUGGGAAUGUGUGGAAGAGUGUGAACCCUGCUGAGAGUGCUAAAAAGGAACAAAGUGCUAAAAGUUCCAAAAGCAACGAAAAGCGUCACAAACGGCGAAGGCAUGACAAGAGCUUGGACAGGGAGACAAGUUUGUGAUGACACAUACUGGCAAAGCCACUGUGCUGUCAACCAGUAAAUCAACAAGUAUACCGUGCCACACUCAGCCACCUUUGUACUGUGCUACACUGUGUUUUUUCGUCACGUAAGUCUAUGUGCAAGUCGGGUGAAACAAAGAAAAUUUAUUAGAAACUGUAUUAAUGAGAGGAAACUGAGACACAUCUGUGUUUUUCUUUUUCUGUGUAUAUCAGUGUUUAGUGAUACCAGCAACCGAAGGAUGCCAGAAUUAUGACACCUGCAGUAACUGCUGUGUCUAUGGGCCAAUUCCGGAAAAAUUUUAAAGAAUUUUUAAAAUUUAUUUUAUUUGUAUUUUGUAUGUUUUUAUAUUUUUCCAACAACUACAAGUUAUCCUUUUAACAAGGUUACAGCGAACCACUAAAGAAUUGAUUCUAUGUGGAACAUUGUUUACUCCACGACAUUCUCCGUGGAGCAUUUAAUGCCGCUGUUGUAUUUAGCGCCUCAUAAUAGACUGAAAAAAAGUAGAUAUUUGCCAAUAUAAAUCUGUAGUACUGAUAUCUAAAAGAGUUGGCUAUAUAGCAAAUCUAGUAAUUUUUUGGACACAUUAAAUAUACAUUUUAUAUAUUAAAUAUAUCUAAAUGUUUUUGUGACAGUGACCACUCAUCAUUUCCCAGUCUUUUCCAUUCCUAUCAGGUAUAAAUGUCUCCUUCUCCUCUAGUAUGAAGCAUUUCCCAAGAAACUGCCCAGAAAUUUGACUUUGAAAUUUGUUUCUGAGAGUCACAUGAAGUGACUGACCUAAAGAGAUUGCUAAAUAUGAAGCUAAAUCCAGCAGCUAGUUAACUUAGCUUAGCAUAGACAGCGUAAAUGGUGAAAUAGCUUCCAUUGCUUUGUUUAAAAGUAACCAAGAAAACAAUUGCAAACAGGCACUUUAUAUUUUACUUCUUAAUUCCCUUAUUGCAGCGUCCCUCCGACAGAAGACAGAGAUGAUCGGUAUUCCGUUUACCGGCUGUUUAUUAAGAACAGUAACACAGGCUACUGUGGGCCGUACCCAACGCCAAAAAAGCAGGGAAAACGCUCUCUCUAGAAUCAAAACAAAAAACCCUGGGCUCUCCUGCCGAACUUGCGCUCCUUUCUUCCGCAUACACACAACACACACUCUCUAACUCCCACCCCCCAAACACUCUCAGCCAGUUCUCUUACAGACUCUGUCAUAGGUAGCUGAUAUAAUUGACAGGCUUAACAGCCUCUAGACCAGGGGUGUCAAACUCAAAUACACAGUGGGCCAAAAUUCAAAA